AUGACUUCUCCAAGCGGUACUGUCAAGAAAUACCUCAAUCAGGAUUACCAGAAAAUUAAGCUGGAUUGCUUAAAUAACGGACAACUAUUCGAAGAUCCAACAUUUCCUCCUACUGAUGCCACGCUAUUUUUCAGUCAAAAACCACCGCGUCGAUUUGUAUGGAAAAGACCAGGAGAAUUGAGCAAAAAUCCCAAAUUGUUUGUCGAUGGUGCAAGUCGUCUUGAUAUUUGUCAAGGAAUGUUGGGCGACUGCUGGUUCUUAGCUGCUAUUUCAUCAUUGGCAGGUGAAAAAUCAUUGCUCUAUCGUGUUGUACCACCGGAUCAAUCUUUUAGUAGGAAUUAUGCCGGCAUAUUUCACUUCCAGUUUUGGAGAUUUGGUCAAUGGACUGAUGUGAUUAUUGAUGAUCUCCUGCCAACAUAUAAUGGCAGAUUAAUUUUUGUACACUCUGCUGAUACGAAUGAAUACUGGAGUGCGCUAUUAGAAAAAGCUUACGCUAAGUUGGCUGGUAGUUACGAAGCCUUGAAAGGUGGUCAUAGCUCUGAAGCCUUAGAAGAUUUUACCGGUGGUGUAACAGAAGUUAUUGACCUGAAAAAACCUCCAAAUAACUUGUUUGAUCAAAUUCUGAAAUCUUUUGAGCGUCAUUCAUUAAUGGGUUGUUCUAUUGAGGCAUCUCCUAAUCAGAUUGAGCACAAGCUAGAUAACGGAUUGGUUAUGGGACAUGCUUAUAGUGUCUCGAAAGCUGUUCGGGUUAAAGUUCGUGGUAGAAUUGAGGAAGAUCUUAUCAGAAUUCGAAAUCCUUGGGGUAAUGAGAAAGAAUGGCGAGGAGCUUGGGGAGAUGGCUCACCGGAAUGGAAGACUAUUUCGGAAGCAGAGAAAGCAAAGAUGGAAUUGUCAUUCGAUGAUGAUGGAGAAUUUUGGAUGGCAUUUAAAGACUUCUGUGCAGAGUUCUCAACUUUGGAAAUUUGCAUGUUAUCACCUGACAGUGCUGUUGAUAGUCGAAGUAGCAAAAAAAGAUGGCAGAUGCAAAAGCAUAACGGCGCCUGGCAAAAAGGCGUAUCUGCUGGCGGCUGUCGUAAUUAUCCUGAUACAUUUCAUUAUAACCCUCAAGUUGCCGUAGAAAUUACGGAUGAAGAUGACGAAGAGGGAGCAUCAGUCUUUAUAUCGUUGAUGCAAAAGAAUCGCCGUAAAUUGAAAUCACAAAAUGCUAAGAUGUUAACCAUUGGAUUCGCUUUAUAUAAGCUGGAUCAGCGUGAUGCUAGUAAAAAGCUAGAUAAGAAUUACUUCUUAUACCAUGCUUCGACAGCCAAGUCUAAAACCUUUAUCAAUAUGCGAGAAGUAGCAACUCGAUUUAACCUACAAAAAGGAACUUAUGUUAUCAUGCCAUCUACUUUCAAUCCCCACGAAAGUGGUGAAUUUUUACUACGUGUAUUUACUGAAAAACCGGCUACUUGUUCAGGCGAGGUAGAUGAUGACUGCCAAUAUGUUGCACCGGCUCCACAGGUUCAAUCAAGACAAACACCUGAGGAAAUGAGACUUGAAAACGCAUUUCAUGAAAUUUUUGAUCGUGUAGCUGGAACGGAUGAAGAAGUUGAUGCUUUUGAAUUACAACAAAUCCUAAAUCAAGGCCUCGUUAAAAUGUUCGGCCAAAGUUCAGCAACAUUUAGCUUGGAGGCAUGCAGAUCUAUGGUCGCUAUGGUCGAUCAAGACCGAUCCGGAAAACUUAAUUACGAUGAGUUUAGAAAUCUAUGGCAAACUAUUAAAAGUUGGAAGGACAAUUUCCAAAAGUUUGAUACUGAUAAAUCUGGUUCUUUUAGCUCAUAUGAACUGAGAGCUGCCCUUACUGCUUCAGGAUUUAGGCUUAGCACUUCUGUUAUGAGAUCUAUUGCUUUGCGAUAUGCCUCCAAGGAUGGUAGUAUUUGUUUUAAUGACUACUUAUUGUGCAUGAUGAAAGUUACCACCAUGUUUGAUAAAUUUAUCGAACAUGACGCAUCCAAACGUGGGAAAGCACAAUUUUCAUUAGAUCAGGAAUGCAGUUCUUGCAUUGCCACUAAUGGAGAUGAGGGAAUAAUAUAUAAAUAA